AUGAAACUCGCCAUCCAUUUCUCCUUGUUACUGAUUGUCCUUCAAGCCCACAAUGGUCAUGGAGAUAAAGAUCCACUUCAAGAAAAGCUAGCUUCCAGCAUUGCUGACUUUGCAUUUAAAUUCUCCAGACAAGUAGCUUCACUCCAGGGUGGCAAAAAUAUCUUCUUCUCUCCUCUGAGUAUCUCCAUGGCGUUUUCAAUGAUUGGCAUGGGUGCUAAAUCCAACACCCAAAAUCAAAUUUACGAAGGACUUGGAUUGACAUCAAUUGACACAAGCAAGGUCCAUAAAGAAUUUGAACAGCUCAUUCAGAUGCUGAACAGUCCUGGAGCUAAGAUGGACAUAGGAAAUGCCAUGUGGAUAAAACAGUCACAUCAAAUUCUUCCUAAGUUUUCAGAGGAUGUCAAAAGUUUGUACAAAACAGAGAGCUUUAACUUUGAACAAUCCUCAGAGGCUGCAGAGCAGAUAAAUGAUUACGUGGCAAAGAAAACUCAUGGGAAAAUUACUAAAGCAGUUGAAGGCUUAGAUCCAAAAACCAUCAUGGUUCUUGUGAACUAUAUCUACUUCAAAGAUGACUGGAAAUAUCCCUUUAACCCUAAAUUAACCCAUAAAAAUUUUUUUUUUAUUGACGAAAGACAAACUGUGAAAGUUGACAUGAUGAAAAACACGGAGCAUUACAGAUAUUUCCACGAUGAAGCUCUGUCAUGCUGGGUAGUUGAACUUCCUCACAAAGGAGGUGCUGCUGCCUGGUUCAUUCUGCCUGAUGAAGGCAAACUGAAGGAAGUGGAGGAUGCUAUGGGGGAGGAAACUUUGUCCAAAUGGAGAAGAUCUUUAAAAAGGGGGAAAGAAAUUGAUCUGUUCCUUCCAAAAUUCUCGAUGUCUGCAUCCUAUAAUCUCAACAAUGUGCUGUCUAGGCUGGGCAUUACUGAUGUGUUUAGCGGCAAUGCUGAUCUAUCUGGAAUUACUGGAAGUAGCGACCUGACGAUUACCAAAGCUACUCACGAGGCUGUCCUGGAUAUACAUGAAGAAGGUAGUGAGGCAGCAGCAGUGACCACUGCACAGAUUGGUUUCAAAUCUCUAGGACCCCCCUCCGUUCCUAUUGAACUCAUAUUUGACAAGCCAUUCUUUCUCACCAUAUUGGCACCAAAUGAUGGACCCAUGCUUUUCUUUGGGAAAGUAGUGAACCCUGCUCGAAAAUGA